AUGGAGAUGGAGGUGAAGGAAUCAGGAAGCGAGGAUGCUCUUGCACAAAAGAUGAUUUUCUUCCUGAGGAGUCAUUCCGAAGCUGGACAAAUUAUGUGUGCUGCUGCUGGUGCCGGCGUCUUUGUGCUCAUAGGUCUCGAAGCACGUGACAACACUGGUCCUGUUAAUGUCAGCCAAGUUUCUAGGGUACAACCACCAGAAAUAGACUUAACCUGUCCAAAAACGUUCAUAGACAUGAAGGGCUACAAGCUGCGGCCUAUUUUUCGCGCAGCAGAAGCUAUGGUUCUAACACUAGCUAGGAGGAGAAAGAGUACAUUUUGGAUCAAUUCGCCUCCGACCUUAGAUAUAACUACUGAUGACACAAGGCAGGGAUGCAGAAUAUUAAAAUAUUUACUGAAAAUGAUGGUUCCGGAAUCACUUUUAGUCAAUGCAACAGAUGACAAUGAAAAAACCGAGCAGGCAAGGAUACAGGACUAG